AUGUCGGCCAUCGCGCUGGGUUAUCCUAUGCCGACGCUUCUAAACUGGAACGGGGAAUUCAACAGGCCCGACUGGCACUUUGCCGGCUCCCAUAUUGCGAAGCUCGAGUCGCUUCUGGCAGUCAUUGAUGCGCUUUACGAAAAGGAUGACGGUGACGAUGUGAAUGAGAAUGAUCUGGUUCUCCUUGUGGAUGCCUACGAUAUAUGGUUUCAACUUCCCCCUUCCGUCCUGAUUCAGCGCUUCCACCAGCUGAAUCGCAAAGCCAAUAUCCGAGUGCAGACGCAAUGGGAGGAGAGUAGCCUGAAGGGCGGUUUCCCAAUUAGUCCCCCAACACAGAACAUCAUCGCCACCACGGCCAAGGAUUGCCAGCCGGACUGGGAGUCAGGGUCCGAUCCGCGGUACGACUACUGGCCUGACUCGCCCCUACCACGAGACUUCUACGGGAAGAAGACUGAUCAGAUGCUACCUCAUAUGUUUGAUUCCGCGAGGAAGUACAAGAAGAUUCGGCCCCGGUGCGUCAACAGCGGGAUGAUCAUGGGAACCAUCGACUCUCUACGAGGCGCUUUGCGAAAGAGCAAGGAGAAGGUCGACAAGGCCACCGCGAGCGGGCGGCAGCUCUGGAGCGACCAGGCGCUCUUUGCGGAGGUCAUUGGGGACCAGGAGGUCUGGCGCCACUGGGUCCGUGGUCUCUCUUCAACAUGGAACGGCUUUGUUUCUGAAGAGCAUCUCGGGAGCAUGCCGAAGGAGGUGCGGCGGAUUGCAGAUGCGGCACUGGCUGGUGAAAAGUUCGAGUUUGGUAUCGGACUGGAUUAUGAAUUUGCCACGAUCCCGCCUACCUGCUCCUCCGAAGACGACGGGUACUUUGUAGAGCUUGACGACGCCAAGGCGAUCGAGAGAGAGUCUGAAAGGGCAGGAGUUCCUGGUGACCUGAGAGUACAGGGCAUACCGGAGGAACUACGAGACGUUCCUCGGCCUCUUCCCGGGUAUAGCUGGGGUAACGUCUCGCUCUACACCGACUUCUUCUUUGGUACCGCGCCUGUGGGCAUACAUCACAACGCAUACAUCUUCGGCUUGAAGAAGUGGCGGUUGGAGAACUGGUGGAGUCUAACGUGGUUUUACCCUCACUUGCGCGAUCUCGUGAUGGGAGCUCUCGAUGCGAACCGGAAGUUGACACCUCUGACGAGACUUCUCACUCGCGGUGACAGCGGAAACGAGAUGGUUUAUUGGGCGGCGGAGGAAGAGAUGAAUGGAAAGAAGAGCGUUAGGGUGUAUGACGGUUCGGAAAAGCCGGGGAACUUUUCAUCCAUUGGUUGGGAUGGAAUAUGUCAAAAAGGAGAUGAAAAGUGGUAUGAUGCGCUGUUUGGAGACGGAAAGGGGCCGCUGGAGGUGUGA